AUGUGGAAAGAAACACCUCGGAACCACACCGACGACAGUCCGUGCCGUGGUCAACCGGUUGCUUUUGAGCCACUUUCUACCCACCGUUAUCAGAUCCAUAUCCCUGGGUUCCGUGACAUCGGCUUGCCGAAUCGCGGCUUCUCGGGAUCCCAAUUAGGAAAUCUCGGAACCAAAACGGACCUGUCGAUCUUCGGCAUAGAUGUUUCACGUUUUGAUAGGUAUUCAAUUUCCGGUAUACAUGAAUCUCAGAACCAACGGAUGUGGCGACAAUCCGAUAAGUUGCUUGCUCAUACUGCUUCUACAUCCAACCCUAAUCUGCGACACUUUCCCACCACAAUGUCUUCCCACGAAACUCUCCCUGGGACGGACAUCUACGGACCUGGUACAUUUGUGGAUAAAGAGUUCACUCCAUCACCCCAAGAUGCUGGUCUCCAGUUUGAGGGAACUUCUCUACCUAUCAUUCCCGGUCCAACAAAAGCACCUCUCAUCGCAGCUGCACUUCAUGCUAUGUGCCCUGAGGUAGCCCAUGAAAUUGUCGAAGAUCACGAUGGCACACCGGCGAAAUCCCAAAACGUCACAGGCAUAGACAUGUCAGAGCUAGUCAGAACACGUCCGGUAUCAUCCCUUUUCAAGGGAGCUUUCGAGGGCGACUUCAUGUCCUCCCCCAUGAGACAACGGACCACUGCCCUGUACAAGACCAAGACCCUGGGCGUUUGGUACCAGCUUCACGGCUCCUUGAAUGCUGCUCCAGUAUUGCAAUCUAUGAGUAUGGAUCCAAAGUAUCCUGCAAAGACAGCGGACGAGGCCUAUAAAUACAUUGCCCACCAUGUUGGACAAUGGACUGCAGAUGAGUUGGAAAUGCACAAUGUCAAGAACGGCUUUUGUGGUAGUAUCUGCUUUACUCCCCAGGGGUGGUCAGAGACAUUGAUGGGAAAGCGACUUGCGGAUCACCCGCUAGUGGGCUAUGCGCAACAGUCGCAUGCAAUCCCCACCCCUGCUAUCUCAUUCACUCCAAUCCCCAGCGAUAAGUGA